GCUGGGUUUACCCAGUCUACUACAUUGGCACAAUCAUUGAAUGAAUGCAAAACUUUUGCCAUAACUAUAUAUAAAUUAUAUAAUAAAAUAUAUAAUUUUUCUUUGAUUUCUUUUUUUUUUUCAUCACCAGGUCCCUUUAGUGCCUCCGUAGGGCUCUGAUUGUUUAAAGGAAUUUGAAAAUGGAAGGGGAUUUUUGUUUGUUUUUGUUUUCCUUCUCUUUAUAUAAAAAACACUUAAAGUGACCCACUCUGACUCUUACCUGUUUUUUUUUUCUAGCAGCCUACAGUGUGAAAUGUAACCUCAGCACUGGUAGUCAAGAUUUGGUAAUCUGGAAAAGUGUGUAUCUGAAUCAGAGUGAUCCAAUCCUAUUUUGUUUUGAAAAACCAGCACAAGAUGGAUUUCCUGAUCCUGGAUAGCAAAACAUGGGAUUUCCAAAAACUGGGUACAGAUGGCUUAUAGUGUAUUUUUUAUUAAAAGUGUCAUUUUAAUGACAACUUGAAAUAAUUUAUUUACAUGAUUUUAACAAUCACAUGCCAUUGUGUGCAUAUCCUAUCUUUUAAAAUAUGGAUUCUCAUUAUUGCCAAAACUGCUGUUACAGUAUAUUUUGUGCAUAACCCAUGUAUGAUACCAAAGUUUUGGUCAGUUUCUGUUUUUCUUCCUUCCUUCCUUCCUUCCUUUGUUUAUAUUUCAGUAGAACUAAUGUAUUAAAUGAUUAGUCAUUUGUCAGUCUAGUCAGUCUUUGUUCUGUGUUUGUGACAUUUGACCAAGUGAAUAUUUGCAUACAUUGCUGACUAACAAAUUGGAAAUUAGCAUUUAUAUAUAUUUACUGAGUCUGCCUUAUGACUGUAUUUACUCACUGGCUUUCCACAGAAGAGAUGAAGAUUUUAUGGGUUGCUUUUUUCCUCUCAGCUCAUUGUGAGCUGACUUUGAUCAGGAAACACAUUUUUAAUAGUAAUGUUGUGUCUUGGAGCGAGGCUCAGAAGUUUUGUCGUGAGAAUUAUGUCGACCUUUCCACUAUAGACAGCCAAGAGGAACUAAACAGGUUCAAUAACGAUGCAUAUGGUCAGAGGAGCACAGAGAGCUGGGUUGGUCUGAGGAAGCCCUCUGCUAACGGCAAAUGGGUCUGGAGUGAUGGAAGCGAAGAAACUUUUCAAAAGUGGAAAAGUGGUCAACCAAGUAGUCCAGACACUGAGUUUUGUGGCAAGAUUGAAACUGGUGAAUUGAAGGACUUCACUUGUGAUCAAAAGUUGCCUUUUUUCUGUUACAAGUGGGUGCCUGAACUGAUUCUGGUAAGGGAGAACAAGACCUGGGAGGAAGCGUUUGAAUACUGCAAGACUAAACACACUGGCUUAGCCUGUCUGCCAACCAGUUUACACCUCUUACAAGCCCAAAACAAGACUGCAGUCACUCAAACCCCCAGUGUGUGGACAGGUUUGCGCUUCCUGUCGGGUUCCUGGUUCUGGGUGAGUGGGGAAUCUCUGGGAAAUUUGGUCCAGCUGCCAGAAUGCCCUGCCAAUGCUCUUUACUGUGGAUCUCGAAACCUGCAAGCUAAAAGUUGGGAGAACAGAAACUGUACAGAGAAACUUAACUUUUUAUGUUACUAAAGAGAAAGAGGCGAUGAGAAGAGCACCAGAUAAAAUGAUGACAUUAUAAAUUAUGAAAUAAAGUAGCCCUUUAUUUUAAUUAAAAACAACGUGAAUUAGCACAACAUAAUGUCUAAAAUUUAUGUAGAAUUAAUACUUAUGCUCCUGUAUUUGCAUUCUGUAUGUCUCAUAUAUGCUAUAUGUUUAAGUUGUUUAAAUUGGGGGGGAAAACACCUGAAGAUACAUCACUUUGAAACAUACAUUUGUUUUCAAACUAUACUUUUAGUGAGUUUGUAUUUGUCAUAUUUGCUGUACUUUUAGAAGCUAUGCUUUUCAGUCUGAGUAUAUACUAGUUCAGUAUAAAGCAAAGAAAAUUUGAAAAUCAGUUGUUUUGAAAAAUAUACUCAAUAAUAAACAGAAGCACUGAAAACCUUUUUUUUUUAGUCAUGCGCAAAAGAUUUCCAGACAGCCUGAGUUUUUGUCAAUUGGCUUUUAGAGGAACCUUGUGCAAUAGAUGAAAAUCACAUUUUAGACAGCAUGCUUAAAUGUUUUUUUCCGAGUUUUAUUUUAAU